GGAAAGUCAGCGGAGAGCAGCGGCGAGCAGAGCGGCGACGAGGAGGACGGCUUCGAGGCCGGGGUGAAGGGCGGCGCGGCCUUCGAGAGGGAGGGCAAGCUGAAGGCAGCGGCGCUGGGCAAGAAGCCCAAGGAGCAGCGCUCGCUGCGCCUCAGCAUCAACGCGCGGGAGCGGCGGCGGAUGCACGAUCUGAACGACGCGCUGGACGGGCUGCGUUCCGUCAUCCCGUACGCCCACAGCCCCUCGGUGAGGAAACUCUCCAAAAUCGCCACCCUGCUGCUGGCCAAGAACUACAUCCUCAUGCAGGCGCAGGCUCUGGAGGAGAUGCGGCGGUUGGUGGCCUACCUGAACCAGGGCCAGGCCCUCAGCGCCCCGCUGCCCGCCACCCUCAACCCCUUCGGACAGACGGCCGUGUAUCCCUUCACCGGCACGGCCUUGCCCGGCUGCCCUGAGAAAUGCACUGCCUUCACAGGAGCCGCCUCUGCACUCUGCAAACACUGCAGCGACAAGCCUUGACUUCUGCCUUCUCCGGGCUUCUUCUCGGGUUUAUUUUGCUUUUUUUU